AGUACUAUCAUGGCAGGAGGAACUACGUAGUCAGUGUCACGUUUCCUUGUUCUCGUACCAAAUCACGGGUUCAAGUUCAAGUUGACUGGGCACCUUGUGAUAAAUGAUUUAUUGUUAUGUGACGGCCAUUAAUGUCUAGUUCUUAUUAUUCUGCUGUUUACUGCAAUCUAUACGUACCAUUCUAUUGUUUUAUAACUGAUGUUCGGGAAAAUCUGAAGAGUAAAGACACGAUUAUUCUGUAAGCUGUUAAACUGAUAGCGACUUAUCUCUGGAGUGCUCAUUCUGCAUACAGUGCUCAGCAAAUGUCAACACACAAACACUGUUCACAGUUCGUGUCUUGAGAACCGCACUCUUAGCUAGUGGCUAUCGGAAGAUAAUCUUACUAUAGUAUGUCAGAAUUGCCAAGUACCUUUGUUGAAGGAUUCCACGAUGAAAAAGAUGUGACAAAGGUCAAAUAUUCCAAUUUUGGUCAUACAGACUUAAAACUGUCAAAUUUAGGAGUUGGUGGUGGAACUUUUUCAAACUUUUAUGGGCCAUUAAAUGAGACAGAAGCAAUUUCUCUGAUCAGGGAAGCAUUUAAAAGUGGAAUCAACUACAUAGAUACAUCUCCUUACUAUGGGCAUACAUAUUCUGAGUCGUUAAUAGGCAAGGCCCUUGUUGAUGUCCCACGUCAGGCUUACCAUAUAUCAACCAAGGUUGGCCGCUACGGAACAUCUUGGGCAGACUUUUUUGACCAUUCUGCUGAGCGAAUUGUAAAGGAGUUUGACAAGAGCUUAGAGCGAUUAGGUCUGGAUUAUGUGGACAUCCUCUUUGUGCAUGAUGUAGAGUUCAGCCCUCUCCAGCAAAUCCUGACAGAAGCCUUGCCAGCUGUGCAGAGCAUUGUGGACAAGAAGAAAGCUCGUUAUGUUGGCAUUUCUGGAUAUCCUGUGUCUGUAUUAUGGGAAGUGGUAGAAAAGUCCCCUGUGAAAAUUGAUGCCGUCCUUACAUAUUCCAGAGAUUGUCUAUUUGACACCACCAUAAAAAAGUACACGUCUUUUUUCCAGAGUCGUCAGAUUGGGCUGAUCAACGCUGGAGUAACAGGUCUAGGUCUUCUGACCAAUGAAGGACCUCCACACUGGCAUCCAGCCUCGGCAGAGUUGAAGGAUCUGUGUCGUAAUGCAAGUCUCUACUGUCAGGAACAAGGUGUGGAGCUGGGUAAGCUAGCUAUUCAUUACGCUCUGCAGCAGCCAGGCCACUGUUCUCAUCUGGUGGGGAUGAAGACACUGGCAGAGCUACAGUGUAACCUAGAAGUGGCUACAACUGGCCUCACAGAAGCAAAGUCCAAGGUCUUGGAUCAUGUCAAGGAGAAGUUUUUCAACUUACCUCAAGACUUACACUGGGAAGGUGUGGAGAUUAGUGCCUAUCGUAAAUAUAAAGUGGAACAUGGACUGAACUGAUUUGUAUUGUUAAAUAACAUACACGUUAUAGACCUUAUAAUUACUGUAGCAAAGGUGCUGUUUAUCAAAUUACAAAUGUAUAACAUUGCAACGUGUGAAACUUAAGCUUUGUUCAUCAAAACUAUUAAUGGCUGGAAACCAUGAUCAAGCAUGUGCAGCUCGUACCAUUCUGCCCAAGUUUGAACUACCAAACUUAAAUACUCUUGAUUGUAGAUAUAAAUGUAAUACCUUUGCUCUACUACCAAACAGCCUCAAAAUGUUUUAUGCAUAGUUUUUUCUUAAAUAUGCUUUAGAAUAACAGCUGUAUUUAAUUAUUGUUUGGAUCUAGACAUAUUAUGUCAUGUUUACUUAUGUCUCAAACAGUGGGAUUUCAGCAGUUAGACCUAGUCUAUCAGAAUGUCAUACAAGUCGUGAAUUUUUGGAAGUAAAGAAAAUGUUUUAUUACAUUUUAAAAUGUGUAACUAUUCUAGUGUGAUUUCUUUGUGAAUGUUUGACUUGAAAUUUGUUGAAUGAAAACUUUUUAUGUCUAAAAUCUUGCUCACUGUCUUAUAAUUUUCAUAUCUUCAUUAACAAGAUUUUAAUAAAAUAUUUUGUUAUGAUUAACUUAUUCUCUAUGGUUAUAAUCAGCAUCUUUUAGCGUUUAUCCUAGACUUUCUUACUUGAAUAAGAUUCAAUUUUAAAUGUAUAAGACAAAGUAAUAAAAAAAAACAAAAGAUUUCAGAAA